GAACUCUAUUGUUCACGCUAUUAGCACCCUCUAUCAGGAUCUUCUAGAGAUAUUUUCUAGGGAUUCUGGUUCACUUUCCAUAAGAGUUCGCCAUCUUUGUAUCACGUGAUACACGACAGUGCGUGUACUGUGCCCAAUUGUGCCGCUGACAAUGAACUGCAGCGGUGACUGUGAUAAGUGAUCCGCGUAAAACCCAAUUCUCUCGUAAAAAAUCCUAAAAAAAACACGGAUUAGUGGCGGUGGAGAAGGAUAGCAAAAUCGGUCGCUAGACAAACACAGCAGCAGAUCCCUUGAUGAUUCGCGCCUUACGCGAAUCGCAGGCAAGCCGGAGCUCGCAAUUAUGUUCGAUGUACCGCAGAAGUUCUACGAGCUGUGUCGCCUUUGUUUAUCUCAGGAUGGUGUCACAUUGUCCAUAUUCGAGGAGGAGGGCAUUCAGCGAAAUUUCACCGAAAAGAUAUUAGCGUGCCUGUCAAUCACCGUAAAAGAUGGCGAUUCCUUGCCAACAAAUAUUUGCCAUCGGUGUGUAUCUAAAUUGGAUGCCCUACACAUCUUUCGAGAAGUGUCGCAAAAGUCUGACAUCAUACUUAAACAGUACCUGGAUUAUGCCAAGCAGUUGUCAUCUCCUGAAGAGCAGAAAGAGACUUCCUCCACUGCCAAAGUAGCAGGCGAAAGCCCUCUACAAUCAUUCCUCGAGUUGAAUAGGACAUUAUUUAAUGAGGAGUCUAACUCCGAGCCGGCCAGCAUUAAUCAAAACAUAAUACCUCAAACUCAAACGCAUCAUCUACAGUUGCAAAACAGUGAUAUACUUGAACAUGACGAUAAUAUUAAGUGUGAACCAGAAGAUGACACAUGUUCUAAUAGCUCUGAUCCUGAACGAUUAGAAAUUGAGGAUCGUGAGGAGCAGGAAAUCGAAAGUGAAGAAAAUGGUUAUGACAUGACUGUUAACAAGAGAAUAAAAAUUGAGGAUAAUUAUGAUGGUUCUGAAUCCAACACAGCAAAUUGUAGUCCAAUUAAUAGAAUGGAUACCCCAGAAAGCAAUUGUUCUGAUAGUAACAUUGAUCAUGAAACGACGAAGCUUUGGCAAGCUUUAGCUAACAAUAGAAGUUUGGAAAUUACACGCUCAAAUGGUGAUAAGCUAAACAAUGGAUUUACUGGUGAAGCCACCAAUCUGCUACGCUCCUUGAUCAAUAACAGGCAGAUUGGUAUUACUGCCAUUGAUUCAGACAAAAUAUCUCCGCAAAUCAAAUUCUAUAGGGAUGUCCAGGGGACAACCCUCGAAGAUAUGCUCGCUUUACCUGUUGUACUUGCUAAUCGUACCAAUAUAGCGCCUUUAGAAAACAAGAGUGCCUCGAUAGACAGUAACCCAUCUAGCCCUGCCAGUGUCGGUCGUAAGGAAGUGACAGUAACUACAAAGGGUCGCAGGAAACAAAGCUAUCCCAGCAAGGCUCCUGCGAGUCCGGAUGUCGUCGCCAAUUAUCAGCAUGAACGCAACAAUGAAGAGCAAGCCCAUGACUUCACCACGUGGUCGAAUAAGAUAAAGGGAAAGAUGGACGAUCAAAAGCAAUUCGAUCAACAAAGUGGCAACAUGACGAAAAAGGUUGACAUGUCUUGCACAAAUUGCGGCACCAUGACAACCACCAUCUGGAGAAGAAAUAUGAAGGGCGAGAUGGUGUGCAAUGCUUGCGGGCUAUAUUACAAACUUCAUGGUGUUAAUCGUCCGGUCACUAUGCGAAGAGAUACCAUACAUACUCGUAGACGUAGACCCAAAGGCGAGAAACCAACGAGACAUAGAAAAAAAGGGGACGCGGUCUCAGCAUCUCAAUCAGCAACGGAACAAAUGGAUGCCGAGAGUGCGGACAUGUUGGCGGCUCUUCGACGACAAAUUCAGCCUCAUCUGAUGAUGGCAGCAGCAUUGACGCCUGCACGUAUACCUAGUGGCCAUCCGCCUCCACCUGCUGCUUACUCAAUACCUUUGCCUAGUUUCAUGAUUCACCAACAUGCGAAAGCCGAGGAACGUGUACAGCGACAUCUCUCGUUGGAUACCGAAGAAACGGAUGAGGGCGAUGAGGAGAACGUUUCUGAUGUUCCUUUGAAUUUGGUAGCGACUUCACUUUCAGAGGAGACGCACUAAGAAACAAAUCGUUGGGUUUUUCGUCUAGGUAUGCUACUAAUAACACGAAAAUUUUUCUACACGACGUAGCCGUUGUCUCUCUAUGACGUUCACCUUUAAAUGAACGUUUAUGUCUUGACAAACUUUUCCCAGUACUUUUCCCCAAAAAAGAAGAAAAAUUACUUAUAUCUGGGACUGUGACAAAACGUUCCGCGAAAGAGUCAUCAGACUCACUGCCGCGAUAUGGCGUGCAUAAUGGAA